AAACAAUCAAUCAUCUACGUCGUCUUUCUACUUGAAGCAGGUACUUUACGAUGGGACCCCGCGUAGUCCAAUUAUCUAUACAGAUAUUUUGCCGACGUCUUCCGUCACUUUACCAGUCCUCUGUCCUCCUUCUACGCCCUCUUUCUCGCCUACAGAAUUCGCCUCAAAACGCAAUACACUAUUCCCAUCGAUUUACCAGCAUGUCCUCAGUCUCUGCCCCCACUUCUACGUCUGCCAUCGGACAACAGCCCUUGCCUAUAGGAUUACAACUCAAGUCAUCUCUAGGCAAGUGCUAUAUCAUUGACGAAGUACUUUCCAAGCGACCUGCCGCUGGAAGGAUUUGGUGUGUGUACCGCGCGACACACGAGGGGAAACAGUUCAUUCUUAAGGACAUUAUCCCAGGCGACUUCGAUUACCUUAUUUCGCUACAGAAGCACGUCGAGCACUCUCCCCAUGUCCGAACAGCUGUAGAUAGCAUUCCUGAGCGGCAUAUUCUCGUCUUCCCCUAUCUCGAGAAGGGACUGCUCCAUGUCGACAUCGCAGCUCUUUCUUCCGUCGCCAAAAAGGCCAUCAUAAGGGAUGCUCUCGCUGGCCUCGCUGAUCUGCACGACAAACACAUCAUCCACACCGAUAUCAAACCCACAAACAUCAUGAUGGAUUCCUUUAAACAGAAUAACGGCGACCUUAGAUAUUGCAACGUCCAGAUCACCGACCUAGAAGCUGCGGUGAUACUUCCGCCCAAGGCCAAGGGCCUCACAGACCGCUUGUCAGGGAACCACUUCUGGAGAAGCCCGGAGGCUUGGGCUCGGGGAAUCCAGAACACCCCAUCGGAUAUCUACUCCUUUGCCAUCGUGGCAAUAUUCGCGUGGACAGGGAGGAUGGUGUUUUUUUCAGACGAGGCGAACCGUGCUUCCCCCGAGAAGCAGGCGGAGCUGAUACUCCGGCGCCACCUGUCCUUCUUUGCCAGCGAGAUGGAGGAUUUCGAGGGGUUUAUUGCUUAUCACGGGGGAGACGAUAAUCCGUUUGUCAAGCGUCUCAAGGGACUGCUCUGUACCUUCAGCGAGGAGGACCCGAGGCUGCCAUUUGGGAGGUGGCAGCAGGUAGACCCCCAGUUCAGGGAUCUCAUCUGCAAGAUGACCUGUAUGGAUCCUUCGCGGAGGAUCACGGCGCGGGAGGCGUUGCAGCAUCCUUGGUUUGCUCAAGACUAGGAGGCCUGGUACAGCUGUUCGCAAGCGAGCGCUAUCUCUAUGUACAAUAGGUUUAGGGUGAACGUCAUGGUACCAUAAGAUAUACCUAUUCCAAGACGAAUGAGCACAUUGUUCGACAGAUGCUUGGUCCACUC